AUGGAGAGGUCCCUGGAGUUGGCCAAAACGACCAGGAUCCAGGAGUUUGUUUUGCUGGGCUUGACCACAAAACCAGACAUCAGGGAUGCCCUGCUUGCCGUCUUCCUGACCCUCUACCUGCUGACGCUCCUGGAGAACACACUCAUCGUCUACCUCAUCUGCAGCCACAGUGAGCUCCGCAAACUGAUGUACGUCUUCCUGGGCAACCUCAGCUGCCUGGAGAUGUGCUAUGUGUCAGUGACCAUGCCCAGCCUGCUCGCGGGGCUGUGGACAGGACCCUGCCACAUUCCCUUCACAGCCUGCAUGACCCAGCUCUUCUUCAUCUCCCUCAUCUGCACAGAAUGUACCCUCCUGGCCUCCAUGGCCUAUGACCGCUACGUGACUAUCUUGCCCCUGCACUACCCGCUGCUCAUGCGGCCCCAGGUGAGUCAGGGCUUAGCCUUGUCCUUGUGGCUUGGGGGGCUGCUCGUUUCGGUGGCCAAAACCACAUGCAUUGGCAGCCUGUCCUAUUGAGGCCCCAAGGUCCUCAACCACUUCUUCUGUGAUAUCUCCCCUCUGCUCAACCUGUCCUGCACCCACGUGGCCCAGACGGAGCUGGUGGACUUCAUCUCUGCCACCGUCAUCCUCUGGGGCUCCCUCCUCGUGGCCAUGGACUCCUACAUGGCCUUUGGCAGGGCUGUCCUCUCUAUGCCUUCAGCCACUGCCCGCCACAAAGCCUUCUCCACCUGUGCCUCCCACCUGGUUGUGGUGGGCAUCUUCUACUCAGCCACAAUUUUCAUCUACGUCCGUCCUAGCCGCAUAGAAGCCAUGGACCUCAACAAGGUGCUGUCGGUCAUCUACACAGUGGUCAUGCCCAUGUGCAAUCCCAUCAUCUACUGUUUUCAGAACACGGAGGUCCAGGCAGCUUUCCGCAGAACCUUGCACCGGUCCUUAGGCUGA